CUGUCCAUCACGCGCAGGCUGAGCUCGUUGCAGGAGGAGCGGCGGCGGCGGCGGCGGCGGCGGCGAUGGGACCCCAGCGAGAGAUCUGCGGCUAGACGGCUGCACUUGCUCCACGGGUCAGGCGAUCGAAGGCAGGGUUGGAGAAUGUGCUGCUGAGAAAGGUCAAAGGAUAAGCAAGCAGAAACAAGGAGGCCAUCAGAGCUGGGAAGAUGGCUUCUUGCGGCCACACCUGUGGGUCCAAACAGAGCCAGGCUGCCGGUGAGGGCGGGCACCAGCGCUACGGAGUGCGGUCCUACCUGCACCAGUUUUACGAGGACUGUACCGCCUCCAUCUGGGAGCACGGGGACGAUUUCCAGAUCCAGAAAUCACCAAACAGGUGGAGCUCCGUGUUCUGGAAGGUCGGACUCAUCUCAGGCACCGUCUUCGUGGUCCUGGGGUUGACUGUGCUGGCGGUGGGCUUUCUCGUGCCCCCCAAAAUCGAAGCCUUUGGAGAAGCUGACUUUGUGGUGGUCGACAAGCAAGCAGUGCGCUUCAACGGAGCCCUCGACUUGUGCAAGCUGGCGGGGGCCGUGCUGUUCUGCAUCGGGGGCACGUCGAUGGCAGGGUGCCUGCUGAUGUCCGUGUUCGCAAAGAGCUACUCCAGAGAGGAGAGGUUCCUUCAGCUGAAGUUCAAGGAGAGACUCGCAGACCUCAAGUCCCACACGCAGCCGGUCACGAGAGCUCCGGGCCCGGGGGAAACCAAGAUUCCAGUCACUCUAUCCAGGGUUCACAAUGUCCAACCUCUGUCGGCCACCUGAAACCUUCCCCACCUCCGCUGGCCCCUCUCCGACUCACACACACCCUGACAAAAGACGAAGCCAGUUUCUGAGGCAACAAACAAGGGUUUGGCAACUUAGGCAUGCCCAGAGCCGUGUUUGGCCAAGGGCAGUGACACGGGAGCUCAGGUGUGCUUGGUUCAGGUGACUCGUGGGUGCCUCUCGCCGACCCGUGCGCUGGCAUCAGACGCUGUAGACGGGGUUGGUGGGCCUCUCUGGAGCUCCCCCUUUUCAGAUCUCGUGACUUCGUGUUCAUUGUCUGUGUUACGUGGAAGCACUGAGCAGUUUAGACCAACCUCCCGGUGGUCCUCGUGGGCCCAUUUCACUAAUACUAGUUCUCCUAAUCCCGCCCGUGGUGCUGCCUCCCAUGCCCGUCUCUGUGUGUAAGGUACAAUUGUGCACCCAUAGAAACACCCAGGUCCCCGAUUUUCAGCCCACCAUUGGUCUUUCAGCCGGCGUCUUAACACCAGAUGCCUGAGACUGGACGCAAAUGUCUCAGCGUCCACAUGCACCUCUCUGUUUUCUCAAGAUUUUAGUUUAGGCCCCGGCGUGAGUGAUGCACGCUUUUUAUCCCAGCACUCGGGAGAUGAGGUAGGAGGAUCAAUGUGAGUUUGAGGUCAGCCUGAGACUGAGUUCCAGAUCAGUCUGUGUUACAGCGAGACUCACCUAGGACCACCCCCUCCUCCAGAAAAAAACAGUAAUAUCAGGGCCAUAUGCUUAUGAAGUAUGUGAAAAUACUAAGGCAGAAGCCAAGACGUCUGAGUUCCUACUACCAUCCCUGCCGUGUAACUUUACUGAAACAGUUUGUUACCCGAGCCUCAGUUUACCCAUCUGCAGAACGAGGUAGGGAGGACCCCCUUGCUCUGGUGAGUGGAGAUUGUUUUUCUCAGUCUUGCAUCAUUGAGUCUCUCCCCCAAAGGUGUUUUGGAUGGCCUUGUCUUGAGAUUUUUUUUUUUUUUUUUCAGAAUUGGACUCUUAAAAAGUUGUUGGUUCUGCAGGCUUCACACAGUCUACUCUUAGAUACCCUAACCCGAGCACUUAAUGCGAUGCUGUCCCUUUUUUACAGACCAGAGUGAGCCACCCUCAAGCGAGGAGGCUUUGGGGUAGACGGUAACCCGGGCUGAUGGGAACUAAGACGAAACCUUGAGUUUCGUUCCAACAAGAUGCCUCUCGUCCCUUGUGCUUUUAUUUAAUCUGCAGAUUUAAGUUUGACUGAGGAACCUGAACGGUGUGACCGUGGCAUUCUCAGAAUUUGUGCCACCUUAGGAUUUUGUCUCUCUUUUUUUUUUUAGAAAAAAAAAAAAAGAAAGAAAGAAAGAAAAAAAUUUCUUCCUUCA